AUGGGUUUCAACGUGCCCGUCAUCAACCGAGACUCGGAAAUUCUGAAGCAAGAGGCGAAGAAAUGGUUGGAACAACAGGAGAAUCAGAAGAAAUGUGUUCUUGUGAUUGUAUCGAUUGCUCUCCUCCUCGACAACAUGCUAUAUAUGGUUAUAGUGCCGAUUAUUCCGAAAUAUCUCCGAGAUAUUCAUAAUUAUGAAGUCUCGUUCGAAGGAUAUCACAAUGAAACUCAUCGUCUGGCGAAUGGAACUUAUCUGGUGAAAGAAGUUGGAGGACGGAUUGAAUAUUUGGAUGAGGAACUCGAAUUGGGAUGGCUCUUCGCCUCGAAAGCGCUUCUUCAAAUCUUUGUCAACCCCUUUUCUGGAUAUAUCAUUGAUCGAGUUGGAUAUGAGAUUCCAAUGAUUCUUGGCCUGUGCACAAUGUUCUUCUCAACGGCUAUUUUUGCAUUGGGAAAGAGUUAUGGAGUUUUGCUGUUUGCGAGAUCACUACAGGGCUUCGGAUCCGCAUUCGCCGAUACCUCUGGUCUCGCUAUGAUUGCUGAUCGAUUCACUGAAGAGAACGAAAGAUCCGCCGCACUUGGAAUCGCCCUCGCCUUCAUCUCAUUCGGAUGUCUGGUUGCUCCACCAUUCGGAUCAGUUCUCUAUUCUCUUGCUGGAAAACCUGUACCGUUCUUGAUUCUCUCGUUUGUAUGUCUGGCGGAUGCUAUCGCCGUGUUCAUGGUUAUCAAUCCACAUCGCAGAGGAACCGAUUCUCACGGAGAGAAAGUUCAAGGAACCCCAAUGUGGCGUCUCUUCAUGGAUCCCUUCAUCGCCUGUUGCUCCGGUGCUCUCAUCAUGGCCAACGUCUCCCUCGCCUUCCUCGAACCAACCAUCACUACCUGGAUGGCUGAAACCAUGCCAGAAACUCCCGGAUGGCUCGUCGGUGUCAUCUGGCUUCCACCAUUCUUCCCUCAUGUUCUCGGAGUCUACGUCACUGUCAAACUUCUGAAAUCAUUCCCCGGAUACACUUGGGCUAUUGCUAUGAUUGGUCUUUCAAUGGAAGGAAUCGCUUGCUUCGCCAUCCCAUAUACCAAUUCUGUCCUCACACUCAUCAUCCCUCUGGCCUUCGUCUGCUUUGGAAUCGCCCUCAUCGAUACUUCUCUCCUUCCAAUGCUCGGACAUCUCGUGGAUACUCGCCACGUUUCUGUCUACGGUUCUGUCUACGCCAUUGCUGAUAUUUCGUACUCUCUCGCCUACGCCUUCGGACCAAUUAUCGCGGGAUGGAUUGUGACUAAUUGGGGAUUCAAGGCCCUCAAUAUCAUCAUCUUCAUCACAAACAUCGGAUAUGCCCCAGUUUUGUUCCUUCUCAGAAAAGUUCACUCCUACGAUUCAUUGAACGGAGGCGGCGCUGCUCCAGCACAAAACGGUGAAAUGACUCAAUUGAACAAUGCUCCUGGAUACAGUCAAGUCGGUGGAAAGACUGAAACUACAGUAUUCAAUGAUUCCUAUCAAGGAUGGGAAGACCAACAGUCAUACCAAAACUCAGCUAACAUUCCGAAUCAUGCCGUCUCAUUCCAAGACUCGAGACCUCAAGCAGAAUUCCCAGCUGGAUAUGAUCCAUUGAAUCCUCAGUGGUAG